AUGGAGUGGCCUCGUCUAUGCCCAACCAUCAACCGGGCGGCUGCUACAAGAGGUGAAGAGGAUUUCCUAUUGGUAGAAGAAGGCGAUGAGGUCGUCACUCUAGCAGCGGACAAAUUGCCAGCUGUAGAAAGACCGAACGCGUCAGACGCGUCUGAAUUGGCAUCCAUCAUAGCCAUCCCGAGCUUUACAACGGAGCAAGUGACUGCCAUCGUAACCUCGACCGAUUCCCCAGCCGUUGUGACCGUGGACGUAGAAGCAGAGAGGGCGCACAUCUGGAAGAAGAUCCAGGAGAGCCAUGAGGCAGGCGACUACAUACUAAGCAUCUGA